AUGGUUCCAAGUCCCAGAAAUAUUGGUAGAAUCAGUGCAGGCUAUCUACUAAGACCCAGUGAUUCAAGUACAAUGUUUGGACUUCUAGCAGGUUUCCCAGUGGGAGUGGGUGUGCGUCAGAGUUCGGCUGUGAGCCCACUGCUGUUUAAACUGAUUUCUGAAGAAAAGUGCCACAUAUAUGAUCCUGUGUUCACUGAAAUGGAAAUUAAUCUCCUAAAAGAAUUUGGUCUGAACGUUUUGUGUGAGAAUGAGGAGGGAAAGCAUGAAGUACAAAACCCUACAUUAUUCUAUAUGAUUCACUGUGGAAAGGCUCUGUAUAAUAAUCUUUUGUGGAGGAAUUGGUUACCGGAAUCACUUGCUAAAAUGGUCAUCAUUGGAAACAGCUUCCAGUCAAUUGAGCAGAGGUUGGUGGCCAGAAUUCUUCAGAAGGAUUACACUUAUAUAGCAAAAAUCUUGCAGUUCACUGAAGAAGUUCCAUUGCCUAGUAGCACAAGAUACCUAGAUGUAUUCAAUGACACCUCUGUUCACUGGUUUCCUUAUAAGAAACUUAUGGACUAUCCCAGAACGUUUUGGGACUCCCCAGCUGAGCCAUCUUAUGAGCAUAUUGAAGACCUAGAGAUCAUUAGAACAAAGAAGUGAGAUUCCUGGGACUACAUUCAGUUUUAACUUGCGCUGAAAGAGAAUUCUGGAACCCUGUUUUCCAUUAAUAUACAUUGUAAGAGGAUUCUGGCAGCAGCCUGGGGAGCUAAACCUGACAUUUGGUGAACUGUCUUGUGAAUGGCUUCAGACAGCAGAUGAAUUUGUGAAAAUUGAAAUUAAGAUGAUGUACAGUAUCUGUCUUUGUUCUUAUUUGUUCAGAUGUAUUAACUUAGAACCAUGUGUUCCAUGUGGCUUCUAUCAAUGUUGCCGGAUGCCUUGAUUUCCAGCGGGUAAUACCAUAUUUUAUACUGUAAUGAUUUUAGUUAGAAUUUUGUAUUCUGAGAUCUUUUGUAAGAACUUUGAUUAAUAUUUUCUGUUGUAACAUUGGUUGAGAAUCCCAGCAAGGAGUCUGUAUUGAAUUACUGAAAAUCCUCUUGCAUGAAUAAGUAAACAUCGACACAUAAACAGCGAUACGCAAGGACAGCGAACGUACAACAUAGCGAAAUACAAAAUGUCGUAUCCCGAUAGUUUGCCAACUCCACCUCCCGCUACAUACUGUCUACUCAAACAAAAUAAAAAAAACACACAAUACCCAUACCUACAUCUCGCCUACAUAUCCCAUAUCCUAAUAAAACCUACAUGGCACACAAAUACAUCUAACUAUAAAAAAACAACACCUGAAAAGUAAAAAAAAUAUUACCGUAUAUACUCCGCUACUCAACUACAUUACUAUAUAUAUAUAUAUAUAUAUAUAUAUAUAUAUAUAUAUAUAUACUAAACUUAACCCUAUUUCUAACCCUAACGUCUAAGUUAAACAUACCACUAUAUAUGCACUUACCUUAACCCGCACCCUAACCCUAAGGUCAGUAACUAUCGCACACUUACCUUAGGGAGCUAUACCGGAUAAGGAAAUCACUUACUGCCGUGGACAACUAUGGCAGUUCGAUCUUCGCGGUUCUGGACGUUCGCUCUACAUUUAUGGUAAGUGUUCACGACUGUACUUUGUCCACCUUCAAAAAACAUGUUGCUUAUGAAUAUGACAGUUACUGUUCAUAAAAUCACACAGUGGUAGAUUUAAGGGAGUUGCUGUUUUCUCCACUAUUGUGCAAACUUGUAGUGAGUAUAUUUAGAGAUGCUGAGUGUGCAUGUUUUGAGGGAUGCAAAAGCAUUGUUUUUUUUAAAUAAGUGUUGACGUACAAACAGCACCCUAGUGCUUAGAAAAAAUAUAUAAUCCAAGGCGCAAAAAAAAAAAAAAAAAAACCCUCCAGCACAAAAGUCAUUUAAGAACUUUAUUGGAAAAGGCUUGCUUCACUACAACAAAUAUAGGUUUCACCAACUCAAGUCAGCUGUGAGUGAAGCAAGCCCUUUACACUGAAGUAUGUGAAUGCUUGAAUACACACACACACACACACUUCUAUCAAGUGCUCCAAAUUAAAACCACUAAAUGUCAGUACUAACAUUGACAUAUUAAUAUUGACACAUUUCUACACAUUUAAAUGAGGAUUAACUUUGGACCAUCAAACUCGACUACAUUUUUUUUUUGUAACGGACCCUGCUAGUUAUUUAUUCCAAUUCCGAGAUCGUACAGUCCCCAGGAAAGGGCAAACUCGUACAACAGAUGACCAUCUGUUUUGUCAACCAAACUGAACUAAUAAAACAGAGGUCAACUAAAACUCAAAUUCUAGACAAUAAAUAAAAGUCAAAUAAGAUGAUUUGUUUUUUGUUUGGCAGGGAAUUGAGACAGCCCUUCGUAUUUUUAUGGAUUACUUAAAUUCAGUGUCUAAUAUUUUGAAAUUUACAUUUCAUUUUGACAAAAAGUCCAUUAUUUUUUUUAGAUUUGAAUGUAUAUAAGAUCAGCAAUAAGUUAAGCACUAAAAUUUACAAAAAGCCAAUACAAAGCAAUAGCUAUUUACAUUAUGACAGUAUGCACAAUGUUAGAUUAAAAAAUAAUAUUGUAAAUAGCCAGUUUGAUCGGAUAAGUAGGCUGACAGAGGACAGUAAUUUUUUUAAGACUGAAUGUGAAGUUUUAAAAGACAGGUUUAUUAACAGAGGAUAUCCAGUUGAUAUGAUUGAUGAGGUUUUUAAUAAGGUGACUUCACAAAGAGAUAAUAUAGAUAACAUUAAUGUCAAUGGGAAUGAGUGUAAGAAAGAUUAUUCACUGACAUGCAUGCUGAAUAAUUCAGUGGAUGAGAAAAGUAUUAGGCAGAUAGUGAAUAAGAAUUGGAAAUUUUUGACAAAUUUUCUGGAUAUUCACAAAGUUAUAGGUAAGGUGCCUGUCUUUGUCACUAGGGGGGGAAAAAAUUAAAAGAAUAUUGAAUUACUGAAAAUCUUCUUGCACGAAUAAGUAAACAUCGACACAUAAACAGUGAUACACAAAGACAGCGAACGUACAAAACCGUGAAAUACAAAACGUCGAAUCCCCAUAGUUGGCCAACUCCACCUCCCGCUACAUACUGUCUACCCAAACAAAAUAAAAAAAACACACUAUACCCAUACCUACAUUUCACAUACAUAUCCCAUAUCCUAAUAAAACCUACAUGACACACAAAUACAUCUAACUA